AUGCUGAGAGCUGCUUUGACUAAGAUCAAAUCGAGAUUUGCCAGUGCGGGCUCUUCGUGGAUCAAUCCCGAGGAUUAUAACGUUGUUAAAGAGGGAAAAGCUGAAAUUCUGUUCCCAAAGGCAGAAACUGUAUUCUGCAACCCUGUUCAAGAGUUCAAUAGAGACCUGAGUGUUUGUUGUAUCAAGGCAUGGGACAAUUUGUACGGUGGUCAAACAAAAAUUGGGAGAAAGAGUAAGAGUAACAGUAGGAAGCGCAGUAACACUGGAGAAGAUGACGGCACAUGUGAGAAACGCCGCAAAUUGGAUGAUAAGAGUGCCGAACGCAAUGUUCCAUCUUAUAUGAGAAUACUAGAAGCCCUAUCAGCGACUGGUCUUCGUGCUAUUCGUUAUGCGCACGAAAUUCCUCAUGUGAAAGAGAUUGUUGCCAAUGACCUACUACCUGAGGCUAUUGAAUCUAUCAAGCGUAAUGUACAGUUUAACGGAGUGGAGAAUAUUGUGAAGCCCAACUUGGACGACGCCAAUGUGCUCAUGUAUCGUAACAAGUCGGAAAACGUCAAAUAUCAUGUCAUUGACCUUGAUCCCUACGGUACAGUUACACCUUUUGUCGAUGCAGCUUUGCAGUCUAUUGAGGAAAAUGGGCUCAUGUUGGUUACUUGCACAGAUUUGUCUGUAUUGGCCGGUAAUGGGUAUCCAGAGAAAUGUUUUGCCCUAUAUGGUGGUGUCAACAUGGUAUCUCACGAGUCUACACACGAAAGCGCAUUGAGAUUGGUAUUAAACUUACUAAGUCAGAGUGCAGCCAAGUAUAAGAAGACCGUUGAGCCCUUACUUUGCUUGAGCAUUGAUUUUUACGUACGUGUCUUUGUUAAAGUGAAGACAAGCCCAAUUGAAGUGAAGAAUUUACAGAGCAAGACGAUGACCACCUACCAUUGUUCCCAAUGUGGAUCAUACCACAAUCAGCCCUUAGGUAGAGCCACUGAGCGUCUCAACAAUAAGCAGAAGAAGUCCAUCAAAUACUCCGUUGCGCAAGGUCCACCAGUGGAUUCUAAAUGUAAAUUUUGCGGCGGUACGUACCAUCUCGCAGGACCCAUGUAUGGCGCACCACUGCAUAACCAGGAGUUCAUCGAUGAAGUUUUGCGUAUCAACCGUGAAGAACAUACUGACGACACCUACGGUACCCGUAAGAGAAUUGAAGGUAUGCUAACGUUAGCCAAAAGUGAAAUUCCCGAUGCACCAUUCUAUUUUAGUCCAAAUCACAUCUCAUCAAUCUUAAAGCUACAAGUUCCUCCACUAAAGCGCGUAGUUGCCGGUCUGGGCUCUCUGGGCUACGACUGUUCCCUCACACACGCUCAGCCAUCAUCUCUCAAGACCAAUGCCCCCUGGGAAGCAAUUUGGUACGUAAUGAAACAGUGUGAGGAACAGAAAGAUUUACAAAAGAUGAACCAAAACUCUACAGGUUACAAGAUUCUGAGUACCGAAGACCGUUGGCUCUCCGACGAGAACCGCGAAGCAUUCAAGAAGUUGUCGUUCGAACCUAACGAACAAAGUGGUCAAGUAGAAAAACUCAGAAAGCUCAAGAUAGUCAGAUACCAGGAAAAUCCAUCCAAGAAUUGGGGCCCAAAGGCUCGUCCCAACACCAAAUAA